AUGGAAAGGUUCCUGCGCUCCUGGCGGCAGGAUGCCUUGAAUCGCGGUCAACAUGAUUCGGCAAUCUACAUUGGCGACAAAGUACUUGCACUCACCAACAGUGACUCUGACGCAUUCUGGUUGGCGCAAGUUCACUUCUCCAACAACAACUUUACGCGUGCACUAGCUCUUCUCUCGCGCAAAGAUCUCGUUUCUCGAAGCACCGCCUGUCGCUACCUUGCUGCCCACUGCUACAUCAAACAGAACCAGUUCGAUCAAGCUCUCACCAUCCUGGGUGAACACAAUCCCACUGAUCUUAUUCGCAACAAUCAUACUCGGCGCAAAAUCCAACACCAAAGCCAUGUCACACUGCGCAAUGGGAAGAGCGCGACACCCCGCAGUGAUCGAGCCGAGGAGCGAGAGCGCGAGGAUGCUAACAACAUACGGUUCGAAGCUGCUAUGUGUUAUUUACGAGGUCUAUGCUUUGCUAAACAGAAUGCAUUUGACCGCGCACGCGACUGUUACAAGGAUGCCGUGCGAAUUGAUGUACAAUGUUUUGAAGCAUUCGACCAGCUGAUGAAGAACUCUCUGAUGUCUCCUGCAGAAGAGUUGGAGUUUCUUGAAUCACUCGAUUUUGAUUCCGUCUCGUCUCCAGACCCUAUGAUGGCGCAAGAAGCUGCGCAUUUCACCAAAAUGCUGUAUACGACUCGUUUAUCGAAAUACUCUUCUCCCACCAUUCUUUCCGAUGCCACCGAAACCCUAUCUACACAUUACAACCUUGCAGAGAAUCCGGAUAUUCUCCUAUCCCGCGCCGAAGCUCUGUAUACACAAUGCCGUUUUGCAGAAGCAUUGGAAUUGACUUCUUCUAUACUAUCCACAUCUCAGUCGACCGAUCUAUCUGCGCCAAAUUCGAGCGUACCUGCACAAAACAACCUUGGACAUGCGCCGGCCAUAUAUCCACUCCAUUUGGCUUGUCUGUACGAGACUGGGGCCACGAACGCGCUAUUCUUACUCUCUCAUAUGCUUGCGGAUCAUUCUCCCGAGGAGCCGUACACCUACUUAGCAAUUGGAGUCUACUAUCUAUCAGUGUCUAAGGUGGCCGAGGCGCGGCGGUUCUUCUCCAAGGCCUCAUUGUUGGAUCCGCAUUCAGCACCGGCUUGGAUUGGGUUUGCACACACUUUUGCUGCUGAGGGUGAACAUGACCAGGCCAUUGCAGCGUACAGUACUGCCGCUCGGUUGUUCCAGGGCAGUCAUCUGCCCCAACUCUUUUUGGGAAUGCAGCAUCUCGCACUCAACAACAUGUCCUUGGCACACGAAUAUCUCUGUGCCGCUCACGCUAUGUCGACUGGAGCUGCCCCAGGGACCGUAUCUACCGUCCCUUCUAAUUCAUCAACCAUAGCUUCAGCGGUCGGCGGGGAUCCACUGGUUCUCAACGAGCUAGGGGUUGUCUUUUAUCACCAAAAUCAUCUUGGCGGCGCCAUCGAACUGUUUGAACAGGCACUUGCACUCGCUACUUCUCUUCACUGCGAACCUAGUGCCUGGGUGGCUACACGUGCCAACCUGGGCCAUGCACUCCGUCGUAUGGGCCGUCUGUCCGAGGCUCUCCGUGAAUUCGAUGAAUGUCUUCGCGUGGGGGCCGGUGGAAGCAGCAUGGGAUAUGCGCCGUUUUUAGGCGGUGGUGCAGGCGGCUCAGGAGCGGUUGCGUCCGCGUCCGGCGUUGGGGGUUAUGAAGAUCGUGGCCUGACGGGUUCUCUGCAUACAUCUCGUGGGCUGGUGUUGCUAGAGUUAGGACGUACCGCAGACGCCGUGACCGCCCUGCACGAGGCUGUGCGUGUUCUUGGGGCGAGUGGCGGUGGUGAUGCUGCAGGGGGUGCAGGCGUGGCAGGUACUCUACUCUCACGUGCACUCGAGCUCUGGGCCGCAGAAGGACGACAACAAGACCGCGCCGCCUUUGAUGAGACUAUGCGAGAAAUUACCGCAACUUCUUCCAAGCGCCGGGGUCCCAAUCGGUCUCGUGAGCAGAAAGGCAAAGAGCGGGUUGCGCCGGAAGAGAUGUCCCGGCGACGUGGGCGCCAGGAGCCCUUGGUGGAAGAAUGGACCGAGCAGCUAGCGACGCCCUCGGCUGAACACGAACAGGUUGAGAUGGAUCUUGACGAUGAAGCCGACGGAUUGUUACGCCGAGCUCUCGGCCGUGUACGAAACAGUCGACAACGUCGCCUAGCAGUACCCGCAACUCCAGACGCCAACGAAACGCCAGCUCCAUCUAGCGGCCGUAGUCGCGGAGCACGACAUGGACGGAGUCAAUCCCGCCAAUGA